GCAUGAGCGAGCUCGUCGGCUCGGUGGCGUCCUCGGGACCCAACCUGACCAACGGCAGCGGCUCGUCAGCGUGUGACCGCAUCGAACCCUCGGCGCGCGUCUUCCUCCUGCUGUUCUACACGCUGGUGUUUCUGGUGGGUCUACUCCUCAACGGGUUCACGCUGAAGGUUUACUUCUACAGUGCUCGGCGGCCGGCGUCGAGCAGCGUGACCGUCUACCUGAAGAACCUGGCGGCCGCCGACUUCCUGGUCAGCCUCUGCCUGCCCAUCCGGAUCACCAACUACGCCAGCGGCUCCGUCUCCGUCCGCCAGGUCUACUGCAACUUUGGAGCCUCCGCCUUCUACCUGAACAUGUACGCCAGCAUCCUGUUCAUGGGCUACAUCGCAGCCACCAGGUACCUGAAGAUCGUCCGUCCUCUAGGAGCUCACUUCCUGCUGAGGGUGCGCGCCGCCCGCAUCAUCUCCAGCGUGACCUGGGUUCUCCUCCUGGCCACCAUGGGCGCCUACAUCGCCCUGUCGCUCCUCACCGAGGAGGCGCAGCCGGCCUCCGCGCUGAGCUGCGAGGUCCUGCACAGCCGGCUGCUCGGCCUCUACUACAAAGCGGUCCACAGCGCCUCCGCCGCCGUCUUCCUGCUGGUCCUGGUCUCGCUGGUCUUCUUCUACCACGCCGUCUCCCGCCGGCUGGCGCUGGCGCAGCGGAGGCAGCCGGCGUCCUCCGGGUCCACGAAGCUGGCCAAGUCCCGCAGGAACAUGCUGGUGCUGGUGGGCGUGUUCUGCGUCUGCUUCGUGCCGUACCACCUGGUCCGCCUCCCCUACGCCUUCCUGGGGAGGCGGUGCUGGUGGAGCCACGCCUUCUUCUACCUGAAGGAGCUGACCGUCAUGGUGUCGGUGCUCAACGUCUGCCUGGACCCGCUCAUCUACUUCCUCUUCUGCAAGGCCUUCCGGGCCCAGAUGAGCCCGCGGAGGCUCAUCUGGGCCGCGGCGCAGGGGGCCAACGGCGAGAGGAGGAGCAGCGACGGGCGGCUGAGGGCCAACAGGAAGACGUCGCUCACCACCUCCACCAGGCAGGCCGGCGCGCUGGAGACCACGUCCAGAUAGGAGGCUGCAGGAGGAGGAUGAGAAGGAGAUGCUGCAGG